AUGGAGGGCAUCUUGGACGAAAAUCCAUCAAGCCAAGACGACUCCAGACCACGUCACCCCACCCCGGAACAACAGGAGGUCAUGAACCAAGCCCGGAUGGCCAGUACCAUCCACCGAACAAACGAGCACAUAGUUACAGAUCCACAACAUCCCGAGAAAGCAAGGGACAAAGCGACACAGAUCAUUCAAGACCUCUGCCUCCGAGUCCAGGAACUUGAAGGUAAACUCACCGACAGAGGAAAAUACGCCAACCAACACGGAAGCCAGGCAACGUCCAAGCCACGAUCCUAUCGUGGAAGGUCGCCAACACGGCAACAUGAUAGAAGAGAUGAUCGUAGCACCUCACACAACUACCGGCACGAGAGGUCGCCAGAACGGCGACACAGCAAAAAACACCAUCGCAGCGCAUCCCACGAUCUGAACCGUCAGCACGAUUCAGACGAAGACCCGAGACAUCGGCACACCAAGCGCACGAGAAACGACCAUGUCAUAAUGGGAGCCACGCCUUUCACGGAGAGAAUCUUAAGAGCAAAGCUCCCCAGAGGCUUCGACAAACCCACCGAUAUGAAGUACGACGGAACUAAAGACCCUCAAGAGCACCUAACGGCUUUCGAGGCCAGAAUGAACUUAGAAGGAGCAUCCGACGCAGUCCGAUGCAGAGCCUUCCCGGUGACCCUUGCCGGACCGGCGAUCAAAUGGUUUAACGCCCUCCCGAACAGAUCUAUAACCAGCUUCCACGACAUCACAAGAAAAUUCAUGGCCCAAUUCACGACCCGAAUCACCAAGGCCAAACACCCCAUCAGCUUGCUAGGGGUCACACAGAAACAAGAAGAAUCUACAAGAAAAUACCUCGACCGCUUCAACGACGAAUGCCUGACGGUCGACGGGCUCACGGACUCCGUUGCCAGCCUCUGCCUAACCAACGGACUCAUGAAUGAAGACUUUCGCAAACAUCUCACCACCAAACCAGUAUGGACCAUGCACGAAAUCCAGAACGUCGCCAAAGAUUACAUCAACGACGAGGAGGUCAGCCAGGUCGUCGCUGCCAACAAACGGCAGCACGUCGCUACCCAACACAGCAACCCGACUCCCCGUCAUAACCCACCACCCAAAGAAAACCAACGAGACCCCCUCAAGCCAACACACCGACCACCAAGAAUAGGAAAAUUCUCCAAUUACACCCCCCUAACAGCACCGAUUACUGAGAUAUACCACCAAAUAGCAGAUCGGGGCGUCAUCCCCAAAGCCCGACCACUCAAGGAAAGAACAGGAGGAAACAAAGCCCUCUACUGCGACUACCACCGAGGUUACGGCCACAAAACACAAGAUUGUUUUGACCUUAAAGACGCUAUCGAACAGGCCAUACGAGACGGCAAACUCCCGGAGUUCGCCAAAUUCAUCAGAGAACCAAGACGCGCCAACAUCGACAAGUCACCAGAAAGAGAAGGGCGCAACCCAAGAACCCAAAAGCCGCCCCCCAAGGAAAACCCCGAAGAGGAUCCGACCAUCAUAGUGAACGUCAUCACAGGCAAGGACGUACCAAACAAAUCAAAGCUAUCAAUAAAAAAGGACCUCAAGAUAAUGGCCGUCAGGCACCACGACCCAGUCACCAUAGCCGAGAGCGCGAUAACUUUCUUACCGGAAGACUGCCAACACGGCACGUCGGCCGAAGACGCCCCCUUCGUCAUAUCGGCUCGAAUCGGAACGGGGCUAGUAAGAAGAAUACUGGUAGACACUAGCGCCGACUCUAACAUCCUCUUCCGAGGAGCCUUCGACAAACUCGGGCUCCGCAACGACAACCUCCAAACACACCGUCACAGCGUCACGGGCCUCGGAGACAACUUCCUCAAACCAGACGGGUCGGUCACCCUUCCCAUCACCAUAGGAACAAACAAUCAGAGAAAAACGAUCUUGUCCGAAUUCGUAGUCCUAAAAGACUCCACAGCCUAUAACGUCAUUCUCGGGAGAAAAACGAUCAACGACUUCUCCGCAGUCAUCUUUACCAAAUACCUCCUCAUGAAGUUCAGGGCCGACGACGGCACCAUCGGAACCAUCCACGGAGACUGGGAAGUCGCGGCCGAAUGCGACAACAAUAGCUUAGCCCUAAGAAAGAAAUCCGGGACGCAGCCGGAAUAUUCCUUGCCGACCUAG